AUGAAAGCAUCUCUGCUAUCUCUUCUCGUGGCCGUUGGGGUUGCGCAGGCCAGCGUGCAGGGGUUUGACAUUUCCGGAUAUCAAAGUAAUGUCGACUUUGCCGGUGCCUAUUCUUCCGGGGCUCGCAUCCAAAUGGACGGAACGCACGAGCUGACGACCAUUGUUGUUCGACAGGCCACCGAAGGUACGACUUUCACCGACAGCACUUUCUCCAGCCACUACACCGGCGCAACGUCUGCCGGUCUCAUUCGCGGGGGGUAUCACUUUGCCCGUCCGGACACCAGCUCCGGGGCCACCCAGGCCAGUUUCUUCCUGGCCCACGGUGGAGGCUGGUCCAGUGAUGGCAUCACCCUGCCGGGCAUGCUGGAUAUCGAGUACAACCCGUAUGGGGCCACCUGCUACGGCCUCAGCGCCUCGUCCAUGGUAGCCUGGAUCCGAGACUUUGGGGAGACCUACAAGAGUGCAACGGGUCGCUACCCCAUGAUCUACACCACGGCCGACUGGUGGAACACGUGCACCGGGGGCAGCACGGCUUUCAGCCAGGACUAUCCGCUGGUCCUGGCUCGGUACUCGAGCUCUGUCGGCACCAUCCCUGGCGGUUGGCCAUAUCAGAGCUUCUGGCAGAAUGCCGACUCGUACGCAUAUGGUGGUGACUCUGAUCUCUGGAAUGGAAGUGAGGCUGCCCUUCAGACUUUUGCUCGGGGUUAA